GUCAGGCAAGAAUUAGAGACGAGCGGUCAGCAGAGCCUUGGUGUGCGGUGCCGAUCCAUCCGUCAAGCCUGCGAGCCUGGGAGCAGGAAGAUGUCGAAUGAACUUGAUUUCAGAUCUGUACGGCUGCUAAAGAACGACCCAGUUAACUUCCAGAAAUUCCCCUACACUAACGAGGAUGAGGCCUGGAAGACCUACCUUGAAAAUCCCUUGACGGCGGCCACAAAGGCCAUGAUGAGAGUCAACGGAGACGAUGAGAGCGUUGCAGCCCUGAGCUUCCUCUACGAUUACUACAUGGGCCCCAAGGAGAAGCGGCUACUAUCCUCCAGCACCGGGGGCCGGAACGACCAAGGAAAGAGGUACUACCAUGGCAUGGAAUAUGAGAUGGACCUCACCCCCCUUGAAAGUCCCACGCACCUCAUGAAAUUCCUGACAGAGAAUGUGUCUGGAGCCCCAGAGUACCCAGAUGUGCUCAAGAAGAACAACCUAAUGAGCUUGGAGGGGGCUGCACCCACACCGGGCAAGGCAACUCUCCUCACCCCAGGCCCCAGCAAGCCGGAAGCUGGCUCUGUGGACGGCUACCUGCUGCCCACCAGUGAUGUGUAUGAUAAUGGCUCCCUCAGCUCCUUGUUUGAGAGCAUUCAUGGGGUGCCUCCCACACAGCGCUGGCAGCCUGACAGCACCUUCAAAGAUGACCCACAGGAGUCGCUGCUCUUCCCAGAUAUCCUGAAAACAUCCCCGGAACCCCCAUGUCCAGAGGACUAUCCCAGCCCCAAGAGUGACUUUGAGUACACCCUGGGCUCCCCUAAAGCCAUACACAUCAAAUCGGGUGAGUCACCCAUGGCCUACCUCAACAAGGGCCAGUUCUACCCUGUCACCCUGCGGACCCCAGCGGGCGGCAAAGACCUUGCCUUGUCCUCCAGCAAAGUCAAGAGUGUGGUCAUGGUGGUCUUCGACAACGAGAAGGGCCCGGUGGAGCAGCUGCGCUUCUGGAAGCACUGGCAUUCCCGGCAGCCCACCGCCAAGCAGCGGGUCAUCGAUGUGGCUGACUGCAAAGAAAACUUCAACACUGUGCAGCACAUCGAGGAGGUGGCGUACAAUGCACUGUCCUUCGUGUGGAACGUCAACGAGGAGGCCAAGGUGUUUAUCGGCAUCAACUGUCUCAGCACAGACUUCUCCUCGCAGAAGGGGGUGAAGGGUGUCCCCCUGAACCUGCAGGUCGACACCUACGACUGUGGCUCGGGCACUGAGCGCCUGGUACACCGAGCUGUCUGCCAGAUCAAGAUCUUUUGUGACAAGGGAGCGGAAAGGAAGAUGCGGGAUGAUGAGCGGAAGCAGUUCCGGAGGAAGGUCAAGUGCCCCGACUCCAGCAACAGUGGCAUCAAGGGCUCCCUGCUAUCCGGCUUCAGGGGCAAUGAGACCACCUACCUGCGGCCUGAGGCAGACCUGGAGACCCCGCCAGUGCUGUUCAUCCCCAACGUGCACUUCUCUGGCCUGCAGCGACCUGGAGGGGCAGUGCCCUCAGCAGGACAUGGCACCUCCAACAGGCUGCCUCUGAAGCGUACCUGCUCACCCUUCACCGAGGAGUUUGAGCCUCUGCCCUCCAAACAGGCCAAGGAAGAUGAUCUACAGAGAGUGCUGUUGUACGUGCGGAGAGAGACUGAGGAGGUGUUUGAUGCCCUCAUGUUGAAGACCCCGGACCUGAAGGGCCUGAGGAGUGCGAUCUCUGAGAAGUAUGGGUUCCCUGAGGAGAACAUUUACAAAGUCUACAAGAAAUGCAAGCGGGGAAUCUUGGUCAACAUGGACAACAACAUCAUUCAGCAUUACAGCAACCACGUCGCCUUCCUGCUGGACAUGGGGGAGCUUGACGGCAAGAUUCAGAUCAUCCUUAAGGAGCUGUGA